GAGUCCCAGCUCGCCGGGAUGGUCCGUCCCUGCCCGCCAGGACCGCGGUGAGGGCUCAGCUGUGGACUGUGCCCUUGGGACUCCUGGUGUGAGCUGGAUAGCAAGAGAAGAGUUUCCUCCAUCCCGGUUUCUCCGUCUCCUGUUACCGUGUAUGGUGUGAGGACAGUCUGCAGGAGGGGGCUCAGGACACCUUCCUCCUGCCGAAGCUUUCCCGGAGGACCUCGAGGGAAUUUCAAGCUGCAGGAAAAUGUACUGUGAAAAUCACGUUAAAGUUCUGUUCACUGUGACGCUGGUCUGGCAGGCCGUUCAUUUAGGAAAAGGCCGUGGUAAAGAAGAAAGUGAAGAAGAUGUGAAAAGUCUCAAUGCCACAGCUCAAAAGCAGCAGCCCGAGAACGAAGGGAUUUUUAUAAAUGCACUCAAUGACAUGAAUCAGAGUUAUGAAAGCAGAAAGCAGCAGAGUUCCAGGUCAUUGGUACCUUUCACUGGAAUUACAGAGAGUAAAAAACUGAGCAGACACUGCUGCCAAAACGGAGGGACCUGUAUCUUAGGGACUUUCUGUGCCUGCCUAAAACAUUUCACUGGCAGAUACUGCGAACACGACGAGCGGCAAAGCAACUGCGGCAGCAUCGCUCACGGCGCCUGGGUGCUGAAGGGCUGCUGGUUGUGCCGCUGCGGCUACGGGACCCUGAACUGCCUCUCGGAAAUAAUGCGGGACAACUGCGAACUGAAAUCAGAAAAGGAGGAAAUUACCAGACUGUAUUCUAAUGGGUUAAGAUUACAGCAAACAGUGUUUGCAGUCGCUUGCCUGCUCACCAUCCUUCUGGAGUUCUGCUGCUGGCAGUUGUGAAACUGGACAAGGGGAUAUAGAUGAGGGUUGAUGUAGCCCUCACCACGAGUCAUACAAUUUUCUUUUUCUAUGAGCUACAGAAGACUCUUCUACCUACAUGUUGGAGACAUAUUAAGAUAUAUUAAUUCAUGCUGAAAUGUUUGGAUUAUUAGAAAUUCAGAUUAUAUAAAUGUGAAGUAUUUAUUAUUAUAUUAUUACUGCUAUCGAUGUCUGAUUGUAAUGAUUCUUUAUUUCUAAAAUACUGUUCUUCCAGUGGAAGCAAACACCCCCUCAAUGCUCUAUGCCUUGAGUAUUGUAACUUAUAGUAAUUUCUUUUGUACACAGUACAAGUAUUUUAACGAAUAAAGCUGAUUUCA